UUUCUUUGCAAAUCUAUGUUGCAAAGUUCUCAGAAAAUUUACACUUUAUAUUUUAAAUUUAUAGUUAAAAGUUUACAUAUCAAGAGCUACAAUGUUAGAACUAUUGUUGCUUCUACAUAGAAUCUAAACAUUAAGAGUACACAUUUGUGUCACAAGAUUUAUUUUAUGGUAUGAAAUCCUAUUAUUGCAAUGCAUUUAAGUGCUCGACCAAAUAGUGUUAUCCAGAUAAUCGAUAUACCUGAUGCUACUGAAAAUAACCCACUACCAAUAACAAAGAGUGAUGAAAAUGUUUUCAAUGAAUUGAUUACAGCACAAAAAUUAAAAAAAAUUGCAGGAGUAUCAAAUCUUUUUGAUUUAUAUGAGUUAAAAUUAAAAGUCAAUACAUCCGACACAAGCAUUGAAAAUAUAGGAAAAAUGGCGCCUAAUUUGAAGAUGCUCAAUUUAAACAACAGUCAUAUUCAAUCUGUCAGGGAUCUUGGUACUAACUUGAGCAAUUUGACUAUCCUGUGGCUAUCACAAUGCAGUUUAUGUGAUUUGGAUGGAAUUGUGUCAAUCCCUAAUAUCAAGGAGCUUUAUUUACCAUAUAAUGAAGUUUCAAAUAUCAGUCAAUUAGGCAUGAUGGAAAAACUGGAGAUUUUAGAUCUUGAAGGAAAUAAUAUUGAUGACAUUUCACAAGUUGAAUUUCUAUCAUUUUGUGCAAAUCUCACUUCGUUAACGCUAAAGGGCAAUCCCAUCGAAUAUUUUCCCUCUAAAUCAUCAAAGAAACAGGAUUUGAACAACUAUGUUUACGAAGAUGCUGUUCUUUCUCUACUCCCUCAACUCUCUAUACUUGAUGAAACUUGUAAAAAGCUAGAAAAAACCCUUUUUCGAGAUGAAAGUAAAAAAUCAUUCACUAAAGAUAUUUUAUUUCUUCAGCAACGAUUAAAAAAUUUAGAAAAAUUCGAAACAAGUGACAAAAUAGAAAAUAGCAAAUCUCCAAGUCAAUUAAAAAGAAUUGGUUUCAGCACAUUACAUGAAAAGAUCCAAAAGGCUAAUAAUAUUAAUACAGGUUCCACCAAUCACAAUGAGGUUUCAAGUCAAUUAACCAAUGGUUUGCCAAUGUGUGGAAAUCCUGUUCAAGCCCUAAGAUUGCGGCUAAAAAAUAAAAGAAAUGUAAAUACUGACAACUGUUUGAUGCUUAAAAGCACCAGAGAAGACAAUGAAUUACCAAUAUCGAAUGGUGAACAAAUAAUGAGUGACGUCUUUGAAGAGUUACGGUUAUGGAGAAGCAACAAUUGCAGAAUUUGGGAUGACACUCAUGUCGAUAAAAAUUCUUCAACAAUGAGCAGAAAAAAAACUCAGCGACCACAUACUGCAACAGGUUUUCGUGCGAGACAGUAUGGAUUUACAUGCUUAUCUAAUGACUCAGACACGUUCAACCAUGUUUUAAAUAAUUACUCAGACACGUUCAACCAUGUUUUAAAUAAUUCUUCUAGAGACAAAUUAAGCACUAAUAAUAGUCCUUUAUCAAAUAAUCGUUCAAGUGUAACAAGAUCUCAUACUUCGCUAGAUCUUCAUUAUAAAAGUUGAUGAAAAUAUGGCAUCAUUUAGUCGAUUAGCAAAGCUCUUCUUUAUUAUUAGAACUGUUUAUGUAGUUUUUAACGUGUUAUUAAAACACAAAAAACACAAAAAUUUAAA